AUGAAUAGAGUGCAGCGAGACACAUUAAGAUCAGUUAAAGUUGACAACUGGGGAACAUUUUUUCUUCAAAAACUCCUUAAUUUCUUCAAUAAAACAGAUUAUUGUGAUCUCACACUCCAAUUUUUGGACAAUUCACAAUUGAAAGUUCAUCGACUUGUGCUAUCAGCAUGUACAGACUACUUCAACAUGCUAGAGCAAACUUGCGAGAUGGUCGAAGAUAUUUUAAUAAUGCCAAAAGAUCUACAGGCAGACACAAUUUUGCCGAUUGUGAAUUUUAUGUACACCGGCUCUUUGGAGUUUCAUUAUAGUAUGUAUGAAAAACUACUAAAGACGUCUCGUGAAAUGAACAUGACUGUUUUAUCAAAAUUACUGGAAGCCCAUCGUGAGACGUCAUCGGUAACAAAAUCACCACAACCAGUUUUAUUAAACAAGAAUGCUGCAGGUGCAAAUCGUUCACAGCCAAAAGUAUUUCAUCAAAAACCAUUACCAACAAAAACAGUUAUUUACAAACAAGGUCAAACGAUAAUUAAGCAUGUAUCGCCGAAUAAAUCCAAUAUUCCUGAGCCGAUACAAAUUGUGUCACGUUAUCAAACUGACAAGAAUGUGUCUCGUCCUUCACGAUUUAUUGUGCCUGAUGAGGUUGUUGUACCAGACACGGAAGGAUCAUUUGAAAGCAUUUCUUAUGAGAGUAAACCUUUGCAAACAGCAUCUCAGUUGAAAAAAGAAGACGAAAAUUCAACGUUCGAAAACCUUCGUCGAGGAUAUACAAAUAAAAGAGCAACUACAGGAUUGCCAACAACUGCUCCUCCCAGUAAAAAACCAAAUUUGGAUGAUAUAAAGGAACUCGCUGAAGCACAAAGUCAACGCAACGAACUGAUUACAGAAGAUACUAAAGCUGCUCCACAAGUUUCAGAAAGCAUUCAUGAAGAGGAAGAAGCCUCUGACGAUGAUGACUAUGAUGGUGAUCAAUAUUUUGAUGAUGAAGGGUCUGACGACGAAUACUCGAAAAAUCAGAAAAAUUCACCUUCAACAAUUGUUAAACAAACAACUAAGCAAAUUACUGUCAGCGAUUGUAGUGGUGGAAAUAUAGAUCAUGCAAAGAUCCUUGGUGAAGUUCUAAAGAAGUAUCCGAAUUUGGUAAAGAACCCAAAAAAUAUAAAGCUGAAAAUUAUGCAAAAACCUUCGCAAUCAAAUUCAUCGCAAACUACAGCAAUUGUGCGUGUUGUUAAAACAGACAAUGAUGCGAAAAUUGUCACAUCAACACCUCAACAGCAGCAACAACGCCAACAGCCCAAAAAAAUUGAUGCGAAGACGAUGCAUGAACUCAUACGACUGGGAGCUGAAAAUCAGAAAGGUCCUUGGCUUUGCCUUGAAUGCGGAACUGGUGGCAGACCAAUAUCAAUACCUACAUACAAAAAAUUCCGUGCUCAUUUAAUAAACGUACAUAAGCAAAAAAUUGAUCCGAGAAUUUGUGAACAUUGUGGCUUAAAACCAGCAAAGAGAAUCGAAUUGAUUCAGCAUCAGUUAAUAGCACACAACAUCAAUCCACCAUCAGAUGUGCCAUUAUUUAGAUGUACAACAAAAAAUUGUGUAUUUGUGACACAAAAAGAGGACUUGCUGAUGAAACAUAAACGAGAAGUUCAUAAAGAAUUCCAACAGAAAUGCUCUUAUUGCUCAAAAGUGUUCAAUAAAGAGUUCCUCUUGCAUGCUCAUCUACGUGCAGUUCACAGACAUAAAGCGAAAAAUGAUGGCAUGAUGGAUUUUAGUGAGGAUGAAGAGUAUGAGCCUGCUGCAGGAACCUCAGGUUCUUCUGUAGAGCAAGGAAAUAAUGGUGGCAAUAAGAUUGAAAUAUUAUCAAAUAUAGAAAUACCAGCGGAUCAAUCUGUUAACAUAGUAACAAGCUCUGUUAUAUCAAGCAGCUCGGAAGCUGAAGCUUUAUCAAACGUCGCAACAGGAAUUGCAACUAGCUUAGCUUUAGUUGAUAAUGUUGUUAUGGAUGAUCAGUUUAAUAUAGAGAAACAGCUUGCACAAAUGCACAAUGAGUAUGAAGAUCCUAAAAAGGAGGAAAGUACUGAAAUUAUUACACGCUUAGUAGCUGAAGAUGGCACAGAGAUGGUUUUAACACCGGAACAGAAAGAAGAAAUUUUACAGCAGCUCCAACAGCAAGGAGCAACGUUGUCAGAUAAUGUCGUUAUGGUCCUUGAUCAGAGACAACUUAAUGUAGAGGAUCAAAAUAAUGGUAUCAUGGUAAUGCUAAGUGAACCAACAAAUUCGUUGACAGAACCUACUGACAAUAUUAGUACAACAAUUAAGCCUGAAGAGAUUGAGCAUGCUGAAGUGGUUUUUCAAGAUGGCACUGUAAGAGAGAAAAGUGAUGAUGAAUCCAACAAAUCACGACUAAAAUUAAUUGCUGAUUUAGAAGAUGAUUGGACGGAAGAAAUGUCACAGGAUGAAGUAAAGCAACCAGAAGAUAUAAUAACAGAGAAUGAUACUGAGAAGGUUGAGGAAAAGAUCGAACAGCUGGAUACUAAGAAUGAAACAAAUGAGGAGCUUAAUAGUUUAUUGCAGGACUGGGAAUGUGACAGUAAAAAAAUUGACGAGAGCUCAGAAAAAAUUGACGAAGAAAAUAAGAGUGUUGAAGAUGAAGUUAAAGAUAAAAACAAUUUGGAAACACCAGAAAACGAUAGCAGUCCUGCAAUAGUUGAGGAAAAGGAGCCUAUUGACGAUGAAAAGAUUAAAGAUCAUGAGGAGAAAAAGGACUCGCCUUCAAAUGAAAAAUCUAAAAUAAUAACUGAAUUGUUAGAUGAAUGGAAUGACCUCUAA